UAUGAGGAGAAAGCGGUGGAUGAACAGGUCAGCGGUGGUCGAUUGACCCCUAGCAGUUAUGAGUUCCGAGUCUGGUUCGAAGGGCGGAUAGACAGCGGCCACUCUAGCUUUAUGGGAGGCUAUAGGUUCAAGCGGUGGAUCGGUCCAGUUAUCGGUGAGAGCUUCUGGAGUAGGAGUAUAGGGUUAGCGGAGGUUCCAAGCGAUCUUUCUGGGAUAGGCACGAGUAGCCCCAACAUAGGGAACCUCCUUUUCAAGAUCUCAGGAGCUAAAAAGAAAAAGCAGGCUAAAGAGUUCAGGGAUAGGGAACGAUAUCAGGGGAAGGUCAGGUCCAAGGGCGACGAUCAGGCUCGUACUUCGGGUAUCAGGGAAAGACAUCUUUCAGGGAUUGGUAUCUUCUCAUCUGUGCUAGGCAUCGGGGAUAGGUACACGUCCCGACCUUGCGUCAUAACCACGUUUCGGCUUAAUCCCAAUACCCCUUCGAAAGAACUUCCACCCAACUGCCCCUAUCUACCGUCCUCAGAUCGUGACAAGGAAUGCCGUCUAGAAGCUGAGAAAACGAUCGAAUCUCACUUUUGCGUAUGGGUGUGGUUCCGGAAUGCCCCUUCUCAAGCUCAAGGGAGAGUUCCACCUGCUCAUGAAGGACCCUUCGCGAGACUCUUUACUCAGACCUUUGAGACACCUUCUACACCAUUUCAUGGAAGACUUUCAGUGUUGCUUCUUGUA